AUGUUGGCGGCCGUUAUAAAGACGUUGAAGCCGUUAUUCGUUAUUAUUUCAAGGAUAUAUUGCGCUCUCGUUUGUUAUCUCUUCACUUUCAUUUAUCACUUUUCAUCAAAAGAAGUAAUCAGUGCACCGCAAAAUAAACUCCUCACAAUCAGCGCCACACGAGCUGCUGAAAUGAUACGAAAUCGAGAGAUAACAAGCCUCAGCCUGGUUGAAGCCUAUAUUAGGCGCAUCAAGGAAGUGAAUGGGACAAUUAAUGCGGCUGUUCAAAUGAAUUUUAAGGAAGCAUUAAUAAAGGCUCAAGAAAUUGAUGAAAUGUUGGGAAGCCUUGACACAAAUAGCGAGAACCUCAAAAAUCUUGAUAAAAAAAAGCCAUUACUCGGUGUGCCUUUUACCGUGAAGGAUUCCAUUGAAGUGGAUGGUUUGUGCUGCACUAUCGGAAUAUCAUAUCGGAAAAACUCUAUAAGUAACAAAGAUGCGACCGUUAUACAAAGGAUGAAAAAUGCUGGUGCAAUCCUUCUUGCGGUAACUAAUGUUCCUGAGGUAUGCAUGUGGUGGGAAUCAGCGAAUGUCGUUUAUGGUCGUACCAGAAACCCGUACGAUAGUAGACGAAUUUCUGGUGGCAGUAGCGGUGGUGAGGCUGCACUAAUUUCUGCUGCGGGUUCAGUAAUUGGGAUUGGUAGUGAUAUCGCCGGUUCAAUUCGUAUGCCUUGUUAUUUUAAUGGGGUUUUCGGUCUCAAACCGACUCCGGGUGUGAUACCACUGGAGGGACAUUUACCACAUCCGAGUGGAUAUCGUGUUGAGAAAAUGCUACUCAUUGGUCCUAUAUGUCGUUAUGCGGAAGAUUUGUCAAUUUUGUUAAGGGUCUUCGUGGGAAAUGAAGGCACGAAUUUGUUAAAUUUGGAUACUCCGUGUAAUAUUAAGAAAAUACGCGUUUUCUAUAUGGAAGGCCUGAAGACACCGUUGGUGCAAGAUAUGAGUAAAGAAGUUUUCCAGACGCUGAAGAAGGAAAAUCCACCACUUGUUCAUCACGCACUUGAAUUUUUCCUGACAAGCAUGGAUGUUGCAAAUGCUCCGAAAUUUGCGAUGCAUAUGACCGAUUUGAAGGCUAAUAUAAAUUGUUUCGUUGAAUUCUUCAAGUGGCUAGUGGGCAAAUCAGUACAUACAUUACCAGCUAUUGUUACUGGAAUUAUAGACGAACAUUUUGCACCAUUCAAUGAGGAACAGAAACAAAAAUUAAGAAGUCAGCGAGAUCGCCUAAGUCGAGAAGUUAAAGAACUUUUAUCAGACAAUGGUAUCCUACUGUUCCCAUCGUUUCCAACUGAGGCACCUUAUCAUCAUCAGCCGCUUUUCACUCCAUUGAAUUUCGCUUAUACGGCUCUGUGGAAUGUGCUGGCUCUUCCGGCUGUACAAUGUCCAAUGGGUUUAAACAGUCAUGAUAUUCCGCUCGGUGUACAAGCUAUCGGUGCACCAGGAUCUGAUUCUUUGUUGAUAGCAGUGGCUCAAGAUUUGGAGAAAGGAUUUGGUGGUUGGGAACCUAUAAAUAUCUAA